AAAUGACGAUGAGUCAGGUGUGGAGUUGUCCAAGAACUUAGUCACACGAAAGCUCCUCACUCUAGUAUAACUUUGUCUGGAAAAAAAGCGAAUAUAAUAGUUGAUUCACUCUCUAAUUUCUGUAAAAGUUUCUACAUAUUUAAGUGAAGACACAGUCACCCUCUAAGUGAGUUAGAGACACACAAAGAAGAAAUCUAAUACUUCUCCCAAUAUUUUCUCACUCCACUUAAGCACUUUAAAUUUAGCUUUUUUGGGUUUUUUUUUUUCAAUGAUCAAAUUUGCCAUAAUAAUGGCAUAUGAAUAAAUGAUAAUAUGAUAUGGUAAAUAAAUAGGAAGGAGAAGAAUGAAGAUGAACGUUUUAGUGGGUGUUCCAGCAACAACUCCAGUUGGACCGAUUCUACUUUCAGCCAAAAGGGGUUUAGCAGUCUCUGAAUCAUUUUUAACACAGCCAUUCAAACCGAAUUGGAGUCCAGAAAAACUGUUAAUGCUUAGUUCCUUGCAUUCGAAGUCUAAAGUCCACGUAACUCAAAGAGUGAAGCACUGUUCUAUCAUCUCGGCCGUUCUGACUGAAAAUAGUGAAACAAUGGGAAAUACUGAGGUAGACACAGAGAAUCCGGGUAUCCUGGUUGUAGAUUCGACGUUAGAACCCUACACAGAUCAUUUCAGAUACAGAUUGAAGAGAUACGUGGAUCAAACUCAGCUCAUUGAGAAGCAUGAAGGUGGUGUCGAGGAAUUUGCUCAAGGAUACUUAAAAUUUGGUUUCAACAGAGAAGAAGGGAGCAUUGUGUAUCGCGAAUGGGCUCCAGCUGCUCAGGAGGCCCAACUUAUUGGGGACUUCAAUGGGUGGGAUGGCUCCAACUACAAGAUGGAAAAGAACCAGUUUGGUGUUUGGAGCAUUAGGAUACCAGAUUCUGGUGGAAAACCUGCUAUUCCUCACAACUCUAGAGUCAAGUUUCGGUUUAAGCAUGGAAAUGGAGUUUGGGUUGACCGAAUUCCGGCAUGGAUCAAAUAUGCCACUGUGGAUCCUACAAGAUUUGCGGCCCCAUAUGAUGGUGUAUAUUGGGCGCCUCCUCCUGAAGCAAGCUACACAUUUAAGUACCCUCGUCCUCCAAAACCGAAGGCUCCUCGAAUCUAUGAGGCCCAUGUUGGAAUGAGUAGCUCAGAGCCUCGUGUAAAUUCAUACCGGGAAUUCGCAGAUGAUGUUUUGCCUCGUAUUAAGGCAAACAAUUACAAUACAGUGCAGUUGAUGGCAGUGAUGGAGCAUUCCUACUAUGCUUCUUUUGGUUAUCACGUGACAAACUUCUUUGCCGUGAGCAGUAGACCUGGAAACCCAGAGGACCUCAAAUAUCUGAUUGACAAAGCUCACAGCUUAGGUUUACGAGUACUAAUGGAUGUUGUUCACAGCCAUGCCAGCAACAAUGUUACUGAUGGUUUGAAUGGUUUUGAUGUGGGCCAAAGCUCACAGGAUUCGUACUUCCAUACUGGAGAACGUGGUUUUCAUAAGCUAUGGGAUAGUAGGUUGUUUAAUUAUGCAAACUGGGAAGUUCUUCGGUUCCUCCUAUCCAAUAUAAAGUGGUGGAUAGAAGAGUACAGGUUCGAUGGAUUUCGUUUUGAUGGAGUGACGUCCAUGCUAUAUCAUCAUCAUGGAAUUAACAUGGGGUUUUCGGGGAAUUAUAACGAGUAUUUCAGUGAGGCAACAGAUGUUGAUGCUGUGGUUUAUCUGAUGUUGGCCAACCAUUUGAUACAGAACAUUUUACCUGAUGCUACGGUGAUUGCAGAAGAUGUUUCUGGUAUGCCUGGGUUAUGUCGCCCUGUUUCUGAAGGGGGAGUCGGCUUUGACUAUCGCUUGGCAAUGGCUAUUCCUGACAAGUGGAUUGACUACCUGAAAAAUAAGAUGGAUGAAGAAUGGUCCAUGAAUGAAAUCAUGUUUAGCUUGACCAACCGAAGAUACACUGAGAAGUGUAUAGCUUAUGCUGAAAGUCAUGACCAGGCAAUAGUUGGUGAUAAAACGGUAGCAUUUCUGCUAAUGGACCAAGAAAUGUAUACCGGCAUGUCCUGCCUGACAGAAGCUUCUCCUGCAGUUGAUAGAGGGAUUGCACUUCAUAAGAUGAUUCAUUUUAUUACAAUGGCCCUUGGAGGGGAAGGCUACCUCAACUUUAUGGGUAAUGAGUUUGGCCAUCCUGAAUGGAUUGACUUUCCCAGAGAAGGCAAUGGUUGGAGUUACGAAAUGUGCAGACGUCAAUGGAACCUGCUUGAUACAGAUCACUUGAGAUACAAGUUCCUGAAUGCAUUCAAUCGUUCCAUGAAUUUGUUGGAUGAGAAAUUUUCAUUUCUCUCUUCAUCAAAACAGAUUGUCAGCAGUGCAAAUGAAGAUGACAAGGUUGUGGUGUUUGAGAGAGGCGAUUUGGUAUUCGUCUUCAACUUCCAUCCAGUGAAUACGUAUGAAGGGUACAAAGUUGGGUGUGACCUGCCUGGAAAGUAUCGUGUUGCACUUGAUAGUGAUGCAUUAGAGUUUGGUGGAAGAGGAAGGGUGGGUCAUGAUGCCAACCAUUUCACAAGUCCUGAAGGAAUACCAGGGGUUCCUGAGACAAAUUUUAACAACCGACCCAAUUCCUUCAAAGUCCUAGCACCAGCCCGUACAUGUGUGGCAUAUUACAGAGUAGAAGACUGUCCAGAAGAGAGCAUCUCAUCCUCUACCAUCAACGCUAUUAAUGUAAGAGAAGAAGAAGAGGUAGAUGAUAGCCCCGAGCUCAAAGAACCAGUUCCAUUAGAAGCAAGUGUCGGUCCCAGCACAGAGGAUAUUCCGUCAACAGAAGAGGAGGUUGACACUGGACGCCCAGAUGAUACAGAAUUUAAUCCCUUGACAGCAUGUGACUGUGAAGUCAGUAUCCCUCUUCUGCCAUCCAUGCACUUCCCUUUCGCUCGUGGUUACCUCUUCUCAGCGUAAAUAAGUAGGUUUCUUACAUCUACACCUUACAUGCUAUGUAAAUUGCAGUUCCGUUAUGUAACGAUGGGAAUGAAUAAAUCAAAUCUAGAACUUUUUUUUACCUAUAUGUAACUCAAUAACGGACCACAAUAAAUUAGCAGAGUAAUACUUGGUUCUUA